UGUGGAUAAAAGCAGAGAUCUUUGCCGUUGGUUACCCACUUGAGGAAAGACUGAGGUUCCAGAAUCUGUAAGACGGAUCACCUUGCAGAGGAGAAACCUCAAUAUCCCGAGGUUGGCUAUUCCAGUCGCUGACUGGGCUUCUGCUCUGAUCCACUGAGCCUGUUGGCAAAAAGCAGCCUGCAGAACACCACCUGGUUCCUUACCAGCAGGAGCUGAAGAGAGUGCAAAUCUUUAUAGUGGUCCAGGAUGGUGAGAGCCAAGUCUUGGACGCUGAGAAAGCAUUUUGAGGGCUUUCCCAAAACAAGUGACUUUGAGCUGAAAGAGGUGGAGCUCCCAAAGCUAAAGGAUGGAGAUGUGCUGUUUGAAUCUGUGUUUCUCAGUGUUGAUCCUUACAUGAGACCUUAUAGCAGGACAAUGAUGAAAGAGGGAGACAUAAUGAUAGGCAGCCAAGUUGCUAGAGUCAUGGAAAGCAAGAAUCCCACCUACCCAGUAGGGACCUAUGUUGUGGCUAAUUCAGGCUGGACAACUCACUUCAUCUCUGAUGGGAAAGAUCUACAGCUGCUUCCUUCUUGGCCAGAAAAGAUCCCCAGAUCUUUGGCUCUCGGGACAGUUGGCAUGCCAGGCCUCACUGCAUACUUCGGCCUAUUUGAGAUCUGCAAGAUUAGAGCAGGAGACACGGUGCUGGUUAAUGCAGCAGCUGGAGCUGUGGGUUCAGUGGUGGGGCAGCUUGCUAAAAUUGGAGGUUGCAAAGUCGUUGGCAGCGCUGGCUCAGAUAAAAAGGUUGCUUAUCUGAAACAGAUUGGCUUUGAUGAAGCCUUUAACUAUAAGACUGUAGGAUCCUUGGAAGAAGCACUGAGGAAGGCCUCACCCGAUGGCUACAACUGCUACUUUGAUAACGUGGGUGGAGAGUUUUCAAGUAUUGCUCUGCAUCAAAUGAAGAAAUUUGGGAGGAUUGCUGUGUGCGGAGCCAUCUCUGGAUACAAUGACACAGUGCCCCAGAAAGGACCUUAUAUUCAGGGUCCAGUGCUCUGGAAUCAGCUUUACAUGGAAGGAUUUAUUUACUCACGGUGGAAUGACAGGCGUGAGGAGGUUCUGAAGAUAUUGUUAAGAUGGGUUCUAGAGGGGAAAAUUAAGUGUGAAGAACAUAUUACCGAAGGAUUUGAAAAAAUGCCAGCAGCUUUCAUGGGAAUGUUAAAGGGAGAAAACAUUGGAAAAGCAGUAAUAAAAGUGUAAAUGAUAUGUGGUUCAUUCCUUUAGGAAAAGCAUACCAAUAGCUCAUCUGUCUUCUUGCCAAAUGCUCAGCCAUAACUUUUAAUGGGCUAAAAUAUGCUCAGAUAAGACAAGUCUCCAACUGGUUUGGGGAAAAUGAUGCUUCCUGAAAUAAUGUGAUGCUGCAAAGUGUUGCUCCUGCAGCUAAGCGAUGAAUCCACUUUGUUGCUGCUAUAAUCAGUCCUCACUGAUCAUGUGAUUGAGGCUUACAAGAAUAAUCUACUAAUUUCAUGGCCAUUUUGAAAAAAAGACAGCCAGGUAAACUGUGGGUAGAGCUAUAUGGAUUUAUACUAACUGAGGAUCUGACCUCAUUUUUAAAAAACAAACAAGGAACCUUAACUGAGCUGCUUAAGAGCUUGAUGGGAACUAAGGUCCAUGCAGAGAGCAGAAAUCAACUGCAAUCUUUUAAAUAGCAUCUGCUAAAUAGUUAUUAAAAUAAAUUUGUAGUAAAUUUUAUUCUGUAGCUAACAUGCUUGUCACAGUCACAGCAACCUAUAGCCUAGCAGUAAUGUGAUUAAAUAGUUCAGAGCUGUUCUAAUAUGCUGCAUGGUCAUGCAAAGAAAAAUAACCCAUUAAAAUCUUAUUGAUAAAGAAAAUGGUUUUUAUCUUGACAUGAAACUGACUACAUGGAGUGGCAAUAUUUAUGACUUGCUCUGUUUGUGCAUAAAAUAACUUUUCCUAUCUGUGUUUUACACACCAUUUCCUUCCCACCAUGCCAAUUUGAAGAUAACACCUUAUAUUAACUCUGACAGCUCUUCACACUCACUAGGACAACUAUGUAUCCACAUCUAGGAAAUUCUGCAGGAAUUCAGUGGUCACUCAGUAAAGGCAUAAGACUAUCUCAUGUUGUGGAAGAGUAAGGGAGACCUGCAUAGACAAAAUAGUGCUCAAGUCAAAAGAUAUUGAAAAUAACCUAAAAUGGAGAGCUCGUAGUACUAAGUAACUUGAACAACAUCAGAUCCCCUUAUCUGCAGGUGCACAUAGAAGCAGUGAACUCUAUGGACACACAGGGGUCAGAACCCCUACAGAUGAUUAAUAAGGUGUAGACAGGCUGCCUGAUGCCUUUCACCUAGCAACUAAAAGGUGCCCACAGCAUGCUCACAUCAUUCAAGUGGGGGAUUAUAUUAUCUCUACUGGCUAUCACGCCAAUAAUAACCCAUUCAGCAUUCAUUUAAGUGCAACAGCAGCUAAUGCAUCUUAAAAAUUAGGCAACACUCCCUGUUGCCAAGACAGAUUAGGUUCUGCAUGGGCUUCAGGAAGCCAAAUGGAAUCUGAAAUCAACAUAUUAUAAAAACAAAAAACCUGGUGUCCUAUGCCCAAUGCUAAGGCAAUAGCAAACAUCCCUGCUAGAUUCUUAACUAUCAUGUGGAAUAAGUAACACAUCUUUAGCCUUCCAGUUGUGUCAGCACAAGUAUAUUAACUUCAAACAAACAGACAGCCUGAAGGUUAGGGCAGCUGAUUAACCUAUUGCAAAGGAGCACAGGCUUGAGAGUGUAAGUUAACUAGGAAAAGCAAGAGACUCAAGCACAAUUUUGUUGUUAGUUGACGGGAAUUACUACAUGCAGCUCUACUGCUCUUAAAGAGAUGGCACAUAGUUCUGGCUGAACAUGAGCCCUGCCCACUCACAUGAACACAGCUCAGCCUUCUUGCUGAAGAAUGGGAGACCACCGUGACAGGUUUU